UUCGCAGCCCCGAAAACAUGGCCCGUUGCCUUUCCUUCCCUCCUUCCGCUCACGAUGUCCUCCAUCGUGUGGACACGGUCCACGUCGCCUUCAAAGGCUCACCCAACUCCUCCCCAGACUCCGCCUCCCAGGCAGGCGAAGCUGAGCAAGGAGGAGGAGCCGGCUGACAUGAACAUUCCCGACAACUACGUUGCCUGGACCCUCAAAAACCAGAAGGCUCUGCCGCCCAUCACCCGGGAUAACUGGUGGAGGGAGCUGAACUACCUCAGCUUGUCCAUCCUUGCGAUUACCCCCGCCAUCUCAAUCAUAGGCGCGUACUACACACCACUUCGCUGGGAGACGGCAGUAUGGAGCGUACUCUACUACUUUGUGACCGGUCUCGGCAUUACAGCGGGAUACCACCGUCUCUGGGCCCACCGGUCAUAUAAUGCUUCCAAGCCUCUACAGUACGCACUCGCAAUUGCGGGCGCAGGCGCCGUCGAGGGCUCGAUCAAAUGGUGGUCGCGGGGUCACCGUGCGCACCACCGUUACACGGAUACGGACCUCGACCCAUACAACGCGCACAAGGGUUUCUGGUACUCACACAUCGGGUGGAUGAUCCUGAAGCCGCGUAGGAGACCGGGUGUUGCGGACGUGAGCGACUUGAGCCGGAAUGAGGUCGUACGGUGGCAGCACAAGUGGUACAUUUACCUAAUCAUCGCCACGGGCUUCCUGGUGCCGAUGGCUGUCGCAGGAUUUGGUUGGGGUGACUGGGCGGGCGGUUACAUUUACGCCGGCGCCGCUCGUCUCUGCUUCGUUCACCACUCGACGUUCUGCGUCAACUCCCUCGCGCAUUGGCUGGGUGAGGCGCCCUUCGACGACAAGCACACACCGCGUGAUCAUGUCAUCACCGCACUGGUCACGAUCGGCGAGGGCUACCACAACUUUCACCACCAGUUCCCUAUGGACUACCGCAACGCCAUCAAGUGGUACCAGUACGAUCCCACGAAGUGGUUCAUCGCGCUCAUGCAGAAGGUCGGACUCGCGAGCCACCUCAAGGUCUUCCCGGACAACGAAGUGCGCAAGGGCCAACUCACGAUGCAGCUCAAGCGUCUGCGCGAGACGCAGGAGAACCUGACGUUUGCGCCUGAUGUGAAUGACUUGCCGGUCAUCAGCUGGGAAAGUUUCCAGGAGCAAGCGGCCAAGCGUUCACUUGUCGUCAUCGGGGGCUUCAUCCACGAUGUCUCCGCAUUCAUGGACGAGCACCCAGGCGGACGUCACUUGAUUACCAAGAACAUUGGUAAGGACGCGACCACCGCGUUCUUCGGCGGUGUUUACGACCACUCUAAUGCUGCGCACAACUGGCUUUCCAUGAUGCGCGUCGGUGUUCUUCACGGCGGUACACAACACGGGCUCGAGGACAAGAACGUUCCGCCAUCGCAGCGUCUCCGAAUCGCGCGGUAUUCCGAGCUCGGCUCCGGCAACGCGUCCUCGACGGCGUACUCGGACAGCGAGGGCCUCCUUGGUUGAGCCCUCCCCCGUGCUGUCGUGUACCAUGUUGAGCCUCUUGGAUCCGUUGUUGUAGUAUAUAUCAGUUCCGUGUUUGGAUCAUGACAAAAUCCUGCGUUGGUGGUUGGUUAGGCAGGUGGUUGGUGCGACGUUGAUCGGGACCGCGUCUCCGCUG